AUUUUCUGCCGCAAAGAGUUUAGAAGAGAAAAAAGAGAAAAAAGAGAAAAAAAACUAGCUAUGGAUCCCUUUUCAUCUUCUUCGUCUUCGUUGUCAUCCGGGGCGUCCGGGUCGUCGGGCCCUUCAGCAGAGGCGAUGAUGGACCAACUCAAGGCACAGCUCGCCCAGGCUUAUGCCGAGGAGUUCCUCGAGACGGUAAGGAGCAAAUGUUUCGAGAAGUGCAUCACAAAGCCAGGAUCCAGUUUGAGCGGAAGUGAGAGCAGUUGCAUCUCUAGAUGCGUCGAACGGUACAUCGAAGCAACUGGUAUCAUUGGCAGAGCUCUUUUCAGCUCUCCUCGCUGAUUGGUUUGCAAAUGUCUUAUUCUCUUAGUCAAUAACACAGCAUAUUAUUGAGUUAGCUGACCUGGCUUAUUGCACAGUUGCAUGAUCUGAUAAAUUUCUUCACCAGAACCUGGAAUUUUGAUAGCAAUUUUGCAUUUCUUUGAUUGGCAUUCCAUGCCUCUUAAUAUCUGCCCAUCAAUUUAAAUAUUUGAAUUGAUUAGGUUUAAGAAUUGUAGGCAGUGAGCUGAAUGAUUUUGUUUGGAGAAGUUUUUUUGCUGGAAUGAUUUGGAGAUAGUUUUGCUCCA